AUGGUUCUCUCACUCACCUACCGCCGCCCGGCGCAUGUGUCCCCUCGGAGCUCACUGGACUCGGAGACGCCAGCCGAGUCUAUCAGCUCUGGCACCAGUAGUCAAUAUGGUAUUCCCGAUGCUCUUUCGUUCGACAGGAUCAUCAGUGGUGGAACUUGCCCGCCUGUAACUUUGCGUCAAUUCAUGGACUUCCUCUGCUAUAUUGAGCACGCUGCAGAGAACCUCCAGUUCUAUCUUUGGUAUCAAGACUACUGCAAGCGCUUUGCAGACCUUGCCGAGAGCCAGCGAAGCCUCGCACCGGAAUGGACCGCAGAGCAAGCCUUGACGGAGAAGGCGAAUGCUGAAAAGGAGAAGCUUCCGAAGAAAACCCCCAACAGCGCCACCGCUAUAUUGAAAGGGACGGAUUUCGAUCCCAAUGCCAAACUCGGAAUCCCUGAGUUCGCCCCGAACCCUUUCAAUACUCCUCCACACACGCCGUCAGCAACCAUUGCCGACCAUGACAGCCCACCUCCUUCGACCGUUGGCUACAGCGAAGACAGCACCACCCUGCGCUCCGGAACAACUGAUCACAGUAGGAAAGCUGAGGCCGCUUUUGAGGAAGCUGGAGCCUUUCAACCAUUCACAAUUCAGCCCUUCCGCGAGGAAAUCACAAGAAUCAUCGCGAUCUAUAUUGCUGAAGACAGUUCAAGAAUGCUCAACCUCUCGUCGAAAGAGAGAACCGUUCUCCUGAAGGCCCUGUCUAUCACAACACACCCGUCAGCAUUCAGAGAUGUUAUUGCCACCGUAGAGUGGUCUCUCAGGCGGCAGGCUCAUCCCAACUUCAUCCGAUGGACAAUCUGCAAUGGGAACAAACCAAGACAAAUCUUUGCUCGAGGCUUGGGCGUUGCAGGUAUCGUGGCUGGUAUCGUGUAUGCUAUUGUCAUCACUCUCAGCUCGGCCAAUCGUGGUUGGAGGGCUUUGGCAUUCCUCGGUCUCUUCAUUGGCAUCGCUACCUUGUUUGCCGCAUGGAAGGGCAUGUGUGUGGUCUUGCAUGGCAUGCACCAUCGACAUCUUCGUCCAUGGGAACUGUUCACCGACGACGAUGAGGCUUCCUCGGAUUACGCAGCAAAGAAAGACUCGUUCGAUAGCCUAGGCUCUGCCAAUAGCUACGAGGAUGCUCCUUGGGUCGCCAAGUAUGAAAAGCGCAACCUCAUCCGCAAGAUCUUCGAUCGCGAAGUUUGGAUCCAAGAACCCGCCCUCCGUCAGAUACAGGACACCAUUUUCCUUCAAGCCAUCAUUACCGCUUUCGUCAUAUCGGCUAUUAUAACUGCCAUCUUUCUGGCUGUACCUCGGGGCAAUUACUUUUGA